AUGUCUAAAACAAAUAAAAGAAAAAAAGAGUCAGUAAAAGAUGAAAAAGAACAUAUUGUUCAAGCUGUUAUGAGCAAAUAUUUUGAAAAGAAAAAGGAAGAAAAAAUAAGUGCAAUUGAAAAUGAUGAUAGUGAUCAUAAAGAAACAACACAUGUUGUUAAGAAACGACGAAAAGUAACAAAUGAUGAUAGAAAUGAUCGAAAAUGGGAACCACCUCAUUGGAAGGAACAUUGGGAAAAUAUUUUAGCGAUGCGAAUAAGAAAUAAACAUUUAGAACCUCGUGGUUGUGAUACAAUUGGUGAUACAAUUACUGAUGAUAAAAUUCGUCGUUUACAUGUUCUUGUUAGUUUAAUGUUAUCUAGUCAAACAAAAGAUACAAUGACAGUUGCAGCUAUGGAUCGUUUACUUGAACAUGGAUUUACUGUACAAUAUGCUCUUGAUAUUGAUAUUGAUGAAUUAGGAAAAAUUAUUUAUCCAGUUGGAUUUUGGCGACGUAAAGCUCAAUAUAUUAAAGAUACAUGUCAGAUAUUACGCAAUAAAUACAAUGAUGAUAUUCCGAAUACAAUUGAAAGUUUAUGUGCAUUACCUGGUGUUGGCCCAAAAAUGGCUUAUUUAACUAUGGAUUUUGCUUGGAAAUCGAAUCAAGGUAUUGGAGUUGAUGUACAUGUACAUCGUAUUUCACAUCGACUUGGUUGGUUACCAUAUGAUACAAAAACACCAGAACAAACACGUUUAGCACUUGAAUCAUGGAUACCAAGAGAUUUAUGGAAUCAAAUAAAUCAUAAUAUAGUUCGUUUUGGUCAAACCCAAUGUUUUACAGUAAAACCCCGAUGUUCAACUUGUUUAAAUAGAAAUAUAUGUCCAGCUAGUACUAGUAAAGAUACAGUCAAACAUCUCAAACAAAAAUAA